UCCUCAGACCAAGUCAUGAAUGACCAGUCCAUCUUCGACACCGAUGUCAUCACCCUGACCCGUUUCGUCAUGGAGGAGGGCAGGAAAGCCAAAGGCAGCGGCGAGAUGACCCAGUUGCUUAAUAGCCUCUGCACGGCUGUCAAAGCCAUCUCCUCGGCCGUGCGGAAAGCAGGCAUAGCCCAUCUUUAUGGAAUUGCUGGCUCUACCAAUGUCACUGGUGACCAAGUAAAGAAGCUAGAUGUUGUCUCCAAUGACCUGGUUAUUAAUAUGCUAAAGUCAUCCUUUUCUACAUGUGUUCUUGUGUCAGAAGAAAAUAAAAAUGCCAUAAUAGUAGAAUCAGAAAAAAGGGGUAAAUAUGUGGUCUGUUUUGAUCCUCUAGAUGGUUCUUCUAACAUUGACUGCCUUGCAUCCAUUGGAACUAUUUUUGCCAUCUAUAGAAAGACUUCAGCUUGUGAGCCUUCUGAAAAGGAUGCCUUGCAGCCUGGCAGGAAUCUAGUGGCUGCCGGAUAUGCACUCUAUGGCAGUGCCACAAUGUUGGUGCUGGCUAUGGCAUGUGGAGUCAACUGCUUUAUGUUGUUCCCGGCUAUUGGGGAAUUCAUUUUGGUUGAAAAGGAUGUGAAGAUAAAGAAGAAAGGUAAUAUCUACAGUCUUAAUGAGGGCUAUGCCAGGGAUUUUGAUCCUGCAAUCACAGAAUAUAUCCAGAAGAAGAAAUUUCCCCAGGAUAACACAGUUCCUUAUGGCGCAAGAUAUGUGGGCUCCAUGGUGGCAGAUGUGCACCGAACACUGGUGUAUGGAGGAAUCUUUUUGUAUCCAGCCAACAAAAAGAGCCCUAAAGGAAAGCUGAGACUCCUGUAUGAGAGUAAUCCGAUGGCCUUUGUCAUGGAAAAAGCUGGAGGACUGGCUACCACAGGAAAUAAAGCUGUGCUGGAUAUUGUUCCCACUGACAUACAUGAGAGAGCACCAGUGAUUCUGGGGUCCCCUGAUGAUGUGAAUGAAUUCUUAGAGAUUUACAAGAAGUGCCAUUGUGCCAAGUGAAGAUCUCAUCUUCCUACUCAGGCCAAGACACCAAAAAGAAUAGAGCCAAAGAUCAAAGGGCACUCUGUGAACUGAUAAACUUCCAUUGCAGACCAAUACCAAAACACAUUUUUAUUUCCCACAAUUCUUUUGAUAUACACAAAAUAUUGUAUGGUGCUUUGGGUACCCUAACCAAAAUGUAGUUUCUAUCGCGCCACAAAUGGGAAAGAUUUUUUGAGAGGCAGGGAACCAAAAAAGAAAAUAAAAUUGCCAUUCCUUUAAAAAAUAAAAUAAAAUAAAAUAAAAAAUUAAAAAUAAAUAAAAUUAAAUAGCCUGGUUACUUUUUCUUAGUGGUCCAUCUUUCUGCUUGGUUCUAAGAGUUCUUGCAGCUUUGUCCUUUGCUUCUGCCUGUGCUUUCUUCAACCUCCAGCUAGCCAGGUGGAAAAUGGAAUGAAUCUCUCUUGCCUCUGAGAGAGGGCUUGUGGGCUUCCUCCCAGAGUGCCCUGUGUCUGUCCCAGAGUGGUCUCUGGCCAAGAGCUUCAAGGGAGGUGUGAAUUCAGAUAUCUCAUACUAAACCCUGAAAUCUCCCAAACAUGUGAGCUCCAAUGAGUACUUAAAUAC